UCCCUGACCGUUUAGAGACAGGAAUGAAUUUCCCUGUAUAUGAACAGCGCGCUCAGCUUGCUAUAUUUGAAUUGAACGCUCUUUUAUUACCAGAAGAUGUCAAACUAUCGGUUGUUUUGCAACUUGUAGAGACAGGUGAAAGAGAGAGGAGCUACUAUACUCGUUACUAUCGAUGGUUGAGGAAUUAACCAACCAUCGAUAGUAACGAUGGUGCUACCGAUUUUUCUCCCAGCCCUGGUCACGCUGCGGGCGACGCCAAAAACCGCGUUUUUGUUUUUAUUGAAGAAAUUGCCUAAGAAACUUCCAAGAAUUGCACUGAUGUGGAGGGCGGAGGCGCAAUUGGGCAUAAUUUGGCGAAUGGCGAGAAGCGCACCAUGGACGUGGAGGCUGGACGACUGCCAUACUUCUCGGAUUUGCAUCUGUGCCCUGUGGUGCUCAGCGGCCUGACGGCCAACAAUUUUAAGACGCCAACGAAAAUUGAAGCUGCAGCCAUACCCAUGACGCUGACCGGCAUGGAUCUGCUGGUGCAGUUGAAGAGCGGCACGGGCAAGACGCUGAUCUAUGUGGUGACGGCGCUGCAGGCGGUCAACGUGAAUUGGAAUUAUCCGGGAAUUUUGGUCAUUCUGCCCACACGUGAGCUGGCCAUACAGGUGCACGAUACAUUCCGCUACUUGGGCCAGAGAAUGCGGGAAUUGAAGGUGAAUUCGUUUAUUGGCGGCACCGAUGUGAUCAAGGAUCUUGAGAAGCUGCGGAACUGUCAUGUGGUCAUUGGCACACCGGGCCGCCUGCUGCAGCUGCACGAGAAGGGUGUGUACAAUCCGUCCCGCGUGCGGCUGCUGGUGCUCGACGAGGCCGGACAGCUGUACAUGACGGAGAGCCUGCAGAGGACGGUGAAUGAUUUGAUUGCUCUGCUGCCGCGACAGCGUCAGGUCAUCGCCUGCAAUGCCACCUGUGAUCAGAAUUUUGACGAGAAGAUAGCCAGGAUGUACCUCUUCAAAUAUGACUAUAGCUUAUCGCUUGCGGCCACCGUGCUGCUGGGCAUUCGGCAGUUUGUCUACGAGCUGCCGGAGCAGAUCAACAACAUGCUGUAG